CUCACGUGACCGUCGCCGGCGCCAUGGCGGAAGCAGAGCCGCAGGAGCCCAGGUCCAAUGAAGAAUCUACAGAUGAGUCUGAGGAAGAUGACAGUGAAGAAGAGCCCAAGCUGAAAUAUGAAAGGCUUUCUAACGGUGUUACGGAAAUUCUUCAAAAGGACGUCGCCAGUUGCAUGAUGGUGCAUGAGAAGUUUUUGGCACUUGGAACGCAUUAUGGCAAAGUUUAUUUACUCGAUGUCCAGGGGAAUAUCACCCAGAAGUUUGACAUCAGUCCAGUUAAGAUCAAUCAGAUCAGCCUGGAUGAAAGUGGAGAGCACAUGGGAGUUUGCUCUGAAGAUGGCAAGGUGCAGGUGUUUGGAUUGUACACAGGGGAAGAAUUCCACGAAACAUUCGAUUGCCCAAUUAAAAUUGUCGCUGUUCACCCUCAGUUUGUGAGAUCACACUGCAAGCAGUUUGUUACUGGAGGGAACAAAUUGUUUUUAUAUGAAAAGUCAUGGAUGAACAGAUGGAAACCUUCAGUUUUACAUGAAGGAGAGGGAAAUAUCAGAAAUGUUAAAUGGAGAGGAAACCUGAUUGCUUGGGCCAAUAAUAUGGGCGUGAAGAUACUCGACGUGAUUGCUAAGCAAAGAAUCACCAAUGUGCCCCGAGACGAUAUAAACCUCCGUCCUGAUAUGUAUCCCUGCAGCCUUUGCUGGAAAGAUAAUUUAACACUGAUUAUUGGCUGGGGAAAUUCAGUAAAGAUAUGCUCAGUGAAAGAGCGACAUGCCAGUGAAAUGCGAGAUCUGCCAAGUCGUUAUGUGGAAAUAGUUUCCCAGUUCAACACUGAAUUUUACAUCAGUGGGAUUGCACCUCUCUGUGAUCAGCUUGUCCUACUUUCAUACGUAAAGGAGAUUUCGGAGAAAACGGAAAAGGAGUGUUGUGCCAGACCUAGGCUGGAUAUAAUCCAGCCAUUUCCUGAAUCUUGUGAAGAAAUCUCCUCCGAUGCUCUAACUGUGAGGCGCUUCCAAGAAAACGAAUGCCGUGAUUAUUGUUUGGAAUAUUCAGAGGGCGAAUCCCUGUUUUAUAUCAUCAGCCCAAGAGAUGUUGUUGUGGCCAAAGAACGUGACCAGGAUGACCAUAUUGAAUGGCUCUUGGAAAAGAAGAAAUAUGAAGAGGCUUUGAUGGCAGCUGAGAUCAGUCAGAAGACCAUGAAAAAGCACAAGAUUCAGGAUAUAGGUUUAGCCUACAUAAACCAUCUGAUGGAAAUUGGAGAGUAUGACCUGGCAGCACGGAAAUGCCAGAAAAUACUUGGCAAGAACACAGAUCUCUGGGAAUUUGAGGUGCACAGGUUUAAAGAAAUCGGACAGCUUAAGGCGAUUAGCCGCUAUUUGCCAAGACGGGAUUCGGUCCUGAAGCCUUUUAUCUAUGAAAUGGUCCUGCAUGAAUUUCUGGAGAGUGACUAUGAGGGUUUUGCAACAUUAAUUAAGGAGUGGCCUGGGAACCUUUAUAACAACGCAAUCAUUGUCCAAGCAGUAGUGGACCAUCUGAAGAAAGAUCCACAGAACAGGACUUUGCUGAAAACCCUCGCAGAGUUGUACACCUAUGACCAACGCUACGGAAAGGCCCUUGAAAUUUAUCUCACACUGAGACAUAAAGAUGUUUUCCAGCUGAUCCACAAACACAAUCUUUUCAGCUCCAUCAGGGACAAAAUUGUUCUGCUAAUGGAGUUUGAUUCAGAGAAAGCAGUUGACAUGCUUUUGGAUAAUGAAGACAAGAUCUCUAUUGAUAAAGUGGUGGAAGAAUUGAAAAACAGGCCUGAAUUGCAGCAUGUGUACUUGCACAAGCUGUUCAAGAGAGACCAUCACAAAGGACAGAAGUAUCAUGAGAAACAGAUCAGUCUGUAUGCUGAAUAUGACCGGCCAAAUUUGCUUCCAUUUCUCAGAGACAGCACUCAUUGCCCUUUAGAAAAGGCUCUUGAAAUCUGUCAACAAAGAAACUUUGUAGAAGAGACAGUUUAUCUUUUGAGCAGAAUGGGCAAUAGUCGAAGUGCUCUGAAGAUGAUCAUGGAGGAAUUAUAUGAUGUGGAUAAGGCUAUUGAAUUUGCUAAGGAGCAAGAUGAUGCGGAAUUGUGGGAAGAUCUCAUCUUGUAUUCCAUUGACAAACCACCUUUUAUUACCGGCUUGUUAAAUAACAUUGGGACCCACGUUGACCCCAUCCUCCUGAUCCAUCGCAUUAAGGAAGGCAUGGAGAUUCCAAACCUGAGAGAUUCACUGGUAAAAAUUCUCCAGGAUUAUAACUUACAGAUUUUGCUCCGGGAGGGGUGCAAGAAGAUUCUUGUUGCUGACUCACUUUCCUUGCUGAAAAAGAUGCACCGAACACAGAUGAGAGGAGUCCUUGUGGAUGAGGAGAAUAUAUGUGAAACAUGCCUUUCCCCUAUACUGCCUACAGAUGCAUCUAAAUCUUUCAGCGUAACAGUGUUUCACUGCAGGCAUAUGUUCCACAAAGAGUGUUUUCCUGAACUUAGCACAGAUUCGUCGGUACACUUCUGUAACAUCUGCAGUGCUAAACACAGAGGUCCAGGCAGUGCCAUCUUGGAGAUGAAAAAAUAAUAACAUUUGGCAUGUUGAGAGCUUAUAUUCUUCUAUGUGUGACUACUUUAAUGUGGCUCACUGGAGCGGUGCUUCAUUGUCAAUGCCUGCUACACAGUGUGUGUAUAUGUAUGUAACUUUGGCUGUGGUUGUAGCAAGAGGGACUCUUUCAAUCAUCCAGCUCACUGAUAUUUCCUAUGUGGAUUUCAAGUGCCGGCAGCCAGGAAGUAAUCAAUGUGUUCCCUAAUAUACCAUUGUGCAGUUCAGAUGCGGUCCCCUGUAUGCUUGCUUAAUCUCUACUAAUGAAUGACAAGUAAACCUAAGUGGGAAAGUAAUUGAGUCGAUACGGUCUGUUUACAAAGUUAAAGCCUGUCAACGGGCUCGAAGUCGUAGCUGAAAUGGCAGUUUGAUCUUUGUACACGAGCGCAUGAACUCUUUGGGGCUCCACAUUCAGGAACAUGUACAUGCAUUGCCUGACCAAGAUUGUGUCUUCAUCUGUACCUUAUCCUUUUAUUCAGGGGACCUCAAAACAGUUGUAAUUCUAAGAUGUGAAGCAUGCCAGAAGAUGGUAAGACUUUAAAAAACAACAACCUGCCAAUGGAGACCAGGGUUCUACCUACUUUGAGCAUCCUAUUUACAACACAAGCCAACCAAAUGCCCCAGAAAGCUGACAAACACGACAUGAAGGCACAGCCCUCCCCUGUAGUUUGUUUCCAACACCUGUUGUUCAUAGGUAUACUGCCUCUGGACUGGGAGGUUCCACUUAAAUCUGUCCAUCUAUUUGCCACGGUGGCUCAUAUCUUUUCUGAAUUUUUCUAGGCUGCCAGUCGCUAAGCAGUCACCAAGCACUUCCAUCUCUGCACCAGAGGUGGUACCCCAUCCCCUAAACACCCAAUACCCAAUUGGAUGCAGUUGGUGGGUGGAAAAUAUAUGAUGUGCAUAAUGUCUGUUGCAGGAGAUCUUUGUAAACACAUUGGGGGGAAGGCGCAGACAGCUCCAAGGAUCCCUUUCAUGUCACCCCAUAUUUAGUGGGUUCUGUGCGCACCCCAGUUCUUGGCCCUUGCAUGCAUUCACAUGAACCAGAUAGUUGCCGCAAGCAGAAGGCAAACAGCAUCUGCUUCAAAGUGUGCAGUGGCUCACUUCUUUGCCAUGAUGCCAUAACGAAGCGAAAAGCUGGCGCCCUUUUCUCCAGAGGCUCUAGAUUUGCAGUAGCUACAUGAAUGUGCUACGAAAUGUUCUCUGCUCGUCUCCCACCCCCUGGCUGCUAAACAGGUUUCAUAGACCAUAGCAUCCUGUUAGUAAAAUAAAACAAAUGAAAUGGGGAGAAUGAAACUGUCUUUAAGUACAUGUAACCACAUUGUUUUCCUGUGCCUCUUGCUGUUUAAACCUAAGUCUUUCUGACCCAUAUAUUAGUACCAUCAUCUGGAUUACAUAAUCCCAGAUGUUUGCAUAUUGUUUCGUGUGCUCAUCUGUCCUCUCUGAACUAUAUUGUGCUAUAUGAUGGAGUCACAGCUUUAAAAAAAGAGGAGGAAGAUUAAAUCCUAGUAAAAGCUUACUUUAGCCUCAUUUUGUGGAUCUGUAUGAUUGCAAUAAUAUAUGUUUCCAUAGCAUCUACAUGGAUCCUAUACAAAAAUCAGUAGUGAGAAGAAAAAUUUCCGUCAGUUCUUGGCAUGACUAAUGCUUUUGUCUGGCUUUUGUCCAUUGUAAUGGUUCUCUUUAUAAGUGAGCAUGGUGUGUGAACGAUCUUAUCUGCUGCAAAUAGGACCUGGUUUUAGGCAUAUUACACUGUUUCACUACUGUCAGAGGGUCAUCGUGGCUACUCUAGAGUAACUCCGCCUGAGUCCAGUUUGUCUUCAAAGACGUUUAUUGUGCUAUUUAUUUACAGUGUAGAGACAGCUUAAAACAUGACCUCUCAUCCUGAAUCAGAAUCUGGCAAUGGCAUACGUCUGUUCCUAUGCCAGCAAAGUAGUCUGGGCACCCCAAACGCCGCCCCCUUGACCUGCGUUGCAGCGCUCUCCUUACUUCUUGUGCCGGAAGAAGUGAUGCCCUUUCAGCUUCCUCCCUAAGCGGACGGUGCCCUGGCUCUGCAACAUCCUUGAGCAGCUGCCUGUAUCCACCCCUGAGCUUUCCCAUUGUUCCUCCCUCUGAUUUCUCUCCUCAUCUGAGUCUCCCCCUCCCCCUCUGGCUGCUUCAGAACCACUGGUGCUCUCUGUACUUGAUGAGGUGGAUGUCAGGAUGAUGGGGGCAGGCUCCCUGUAGGGAGUCACCCUUACAUCCACGGUUUCUGUAAUUGCCCUUUUUAGUUAAUAGCUGUAGCUUGCAGCUUUAUAUACCGUAUUUUCCCAUGUAUAAGACGAUGCUUUUUGCUAAAAAAUAUUAGGCAAAAAUUGGGUGUCCUCUUAUACACGGGUAGUGAAUGCAGAGGGGGGGCGUGCGAUUAAUGGCAGGAGCAAGCAGGAGAUUGGCUGCGGCAAUCAGAAAGGUGAGUGGCGGCUAUGGCGAGGCGGG